AUGUUCGUCUUCUGCAAGCGAGCCACGAUUUUGAUGCUCGGCAUGGCUUCCUUGGCCCUAUCCGCCGCCAUCAACGAUAAUUCUGUUCGAAGUCGUGAUGCCAAGGUCGCUGAGCCUGCUCAAAUUUCUCCCAGUUGUACUCUGCUCUACCGAGUUCAACCCGGUGAUACCUGUUGGGACAUUAUAUCUCGCAACGGGAAUACAUUCAACAUGAAGCAGCUCAUGUGUUGGAACCCCGAUAUCAACUCCAACUGCUCGAACUUGAUUCCCGGUCGCGAUCUCUGCGUUGGUGUUGAGAGCCCAAUGUACUGUGAAGGGUCGGUCGUAUCGUCUACUUUAUCUGGAAGAAUGUAG